AUGGCUAUCAAAAUUGACAUGCACAAGGCCUAUGACCGAUUGGAAUGGAUCUUUCUUAAAAAAGUUCUUGGAGCUUUCGGUUUCAGUGUAGAUUUUGUCAACUUAAUUAUGCAGUGCGUAACAACAGUCUCUUAUUCAGUUCUCUUAAACGGGAAACCGCUCAAGAGGAUUAGGCCGGGGAGGGGUCUUCGCCAAGGAGACCCCAUGUCUCCCUACCUUUUCUUGCUAUGUAACGAAAUUCUGUCAAGAAUUCUGGAUAGAGCUCAAGUUAAUGGAGACAUUCACGGCAUAAAGAUCUCAAGAAAUGCCCUUGCCGUGUCUCAUUUAAUGUUUGCGGAUGACACUCUUCUAUUCACAAGAGCCAAUACGGUUGAAGCUGGAAACAUUGGCAUGUGUCUGAAGAAGUUUGAGGACUGGUCGGGUCAAUUAUGCAGCAAACAGAAAUCAGGUAUACUAUUCUCUAGAAACUGUGUUAAAUCUCUUCGGGAGAAUAUCGAAAAGAAGAUGGGUAUUAGUACUAUCAAUGAAGCCGAAAAAUACUUGGGCAACCCUUUUGUGUUUUCGAGAAAGAAGAAGAAGGAUUUCGAGUUUUUAAGGACAAAGCUUAUGCAACGUUUGGAAGGGUGGAAAAUGCGCUCUCUAUCCUUUGCGGGGAGAAUGGUUGCUGUUAAAGCCAUUGCUUCAGCCAUUCCCUCGUAUUCGAUGUCCACCUAUCAACUCCCUCUCACUUCUUGUCGAGAGCUUGAUGCUAUUAUCAGAAGAUUUUGGUGGAGUGGGAGGCUGGAGAAGCAGAGAUUUAUGGCAACUGUUUCUUGGGACUCACUGUGUCGGCCUAAGGUCUCAGGAGGCCUGGGUUUUAGACGAAUGGAAGAUACCAACCAAGCCUUUUUGGCCAAGUUGGCCUGGUGUAUUGCUUCGGGUAUUUCACGACCGUGGACUGUUGCUUUCAAAGCAAAAUAUUUCCCACGGGACUCGUUUUGGUCUGUCAAAAGGAGAAAUUCAGAUUCUUUUGUGUGGAAAGGGAUUCUCAAUGCUAGGCAAGUGAUCAUGAAAGGAUCUUGUACGGUGAUAGCUUCUGGGGCCUCGAUUGAUAUUUGGCACCAACCUUGGAUCCCUUGGCUAAACUAUGAAGAGUUCAGAGAUCUUAUGGAGUCAAUUCGAGACAAAGCACCAGGUUUGAGGACUGUGGCAGAUUUACUAAUUCAUAGAACGGGGCAAUGGAAUUCUAACUAUCUCUGCUUUCUCUUUGGAGCCGAGGUAGGGAAGAAAAUCAACACCAUUCAAUUAGCCACUGAGUUUAGCGAUGAUCUUCUCAUAUGGAAAGAGGCCAAUAAUGGUUUGUUCUCUGUUAAACAAGCUUAUAUGGUGCUGCAAGGUGAUCGCUUUGGGUCCACGGACCUGCUUUGGAAAUGGAUUUGGAAUAAUGACUUACAUCCGAGAAUGAAGAUGGUGCUUUGGAGGGCUCUGGCGGGGGCUUUGUCUAUUGGGGAUAGGAUGGGAAUGUCCCCUCCAACCUGCUGCUUUUGUUCACAAUCAGAGGAAUCUCUAAUGCAUAUGUUUGUCCAAUGCCCUCUUUGGUUGGGAUCCCCGGUUUCCAUUCGAACACAUGUAAUAACAGCUGUCUCUCUGAAGUCCUUCGUGCUCGAAAUGGGAUCCAGCCUCAACCGUGAUCAGAGAUCUAGGUUCCUUCUCUGCUUGGCGAUUAUUAUAGAUUCCCUUUGGUGCAAACGGAAUGCUAUUUGGCACAAUGAUACGGAUCAGGAGAUUAACUCAAAAGCCUUGAUGGAUCUUGUUCUUAAAAGGUUUUGGGAGUUUAGUCAGGCCAAGGAGGAAGCUGAUACUGCCGAGGCUGUAAUGGUUGAGUCAUCUCCUCUCCCGAAGCCUAUCCCGAUGGAAAACUGUGUCAUAUUUGUUGAUGGUUCUUUCAAAGAUAAUAGAAUCGGUGCUGGUUUUUUGGCUUGGAACCGUGAGACCUCGGACUGGUUUUAUGGAGCCAAGGCCUCGGCUGGGACUAACGAAGUGGUUGCUGAAGUUUAUGCUUGGUUUUGUGCGCUCCAGUGGGCAAAGCAGAAUGGCUGGGAUAAUUUUGCUCUGGUUUCCGAUUCCACUGUGGUGAUCAAGGCCUUCUCUUCAGGGAUUUCCCCAAAUUGGAAAUGUGUUUCUUGGUUUGCUGCCGCCCUUAAGCUUUUAAACAGUUUUUCUGAUGUUUCUACUUUUCAUUUUAACCGCACUUACUUAGCUUUUGUGGACUCCUUAGCUAAAAGUGCUCGUUGUUCUGAGUGCGACACUCCUUGUUGUAAAGGGGAGGGAUUUCCCCCUGUGGAUCCCAUUUUCUCAGUUUCUAAUCUAAGAUGA